AUAUAGGCAUUGGAAAUAUAGCGGUAAUUUGUAGAGGAUGAGUGUCGGAAUGAAUGGUAUCGGUAUCAAGCUCUGUUUACGAAGCGUAUAGGAAUUGGUAACGGUUUUCGCGAAUAUUCUCGACGAUAACGGCACGUGAGGCGGCCACUCUUUCACACAACAUAUGUCCCCCUUUCGCGGGCGACAAAUAUAAUAUUCCAUGCAUAGCGAGAUCGCGUCCUGCAUUAUGUCGAAACGAACGUGUUGCAUGUCCUGUGUAUGAUUUAGUUUUGAAUGUGCCAGAACGCUUUUCGGAGAAUACACGCCGAAGAGAUUGAUAUUUCUAAUAAGUAGCAGUUAUUAUCCCUUCGUGCAACGUGUAUCUCGAGUAAAAUGGCCAGCCGGGAUCCAUCCGUUUCCAAAACCGCGGACGAUCACAGUGUUGAGACACUCGCGGAAGUUUUCCGAUGUUUCAUUUGUAUGGAAAAAUUGAGAGAUGCUCAUCUCUGCCCACACUGCAGUAAAUUGUGCUGCUACAUUUGCGUUAGGAGAUGGCUCACUGAGCAACGCUCUCAAUGUCCUCACUGCAGAGCUUCACUUCACUUACACGAGUUGGUAAAUUGUCGUUGGGUCGAGGAAGUGACCCAACAGCUCGAUACAUUGCAAGCUGUUGGUUUAACUAAUUCUCGACACGAUGAUUCCAACAGAGACAGAUGUACAAUACAUCAUGAGAAGUUAUCAGUAUUCUGUUGGCCUUGUCGCAAGUGUAUCUGCCAUCAAUGUGCUCUGUGGGGUGGCACCCAUUCAGGACAUACCUUCAAGCCAUUAGAAGAGGUUUACGAGCAGCAUGUUACUCAGAUAAAGACAGAAGUAAGCCAAUUGAAUAGGCGACUCACAGAGCUGAUAAGUCUCGUUCAGGAAGUGGAGAGAAACGUCGAGUCGGUGAGAGCAGCGAAAGACGAGAGAGUCCGAGAGAUCAGAAACGCAAUAGAAUUGAUGAUAGCUCGUCUGGACUCCCAGCUGAAGGCUAAGCUGCUGACUCUGAUGGGUCAGAAGAAUUCAUUGACUUUAGAAACCGAGCAGUUGGAAGCUUUGUUACAAGAGGUGGAAUAUCAGUUGCAAAAUUGUACGCACUCCGAGUUGAUCGUCAAAAGCUCAGAAUUGUCUCGAAAGAUACAUCAAAUUCGCAAGAAACCGAUGACGAGUUUCGUUACUGCUCCAGUACCCGCUGACUUUCACAGCGAGAUUGUGCCAGGCUACGACAGUGCGACGUUUGCCAUGCAAAAUUUCACCCAGCUUCAACUGAAAGCUGACCCAGUAUACUCUGCACCUUUACAUGUGAAUGGGUUGUGUUGGAGAUUAAAGGUGUACCCAGAUGGCAACGGAGUUGUACGUGGAAAUUACUUGUCAGUGUUCUUGGAGCUCAGCGCUGGAUUGCCAGAGACUUCCAAAUAUGAAUACAGAGUUGAAAUGAUCCACCAAGGUUCUCGCGACACGAGUAAAAAUAUUGUUCGUGAAUUCGCGUCUGACUUCGAGAUCGGUGAAUGUUGGGGCUACAACCGAUUCUUCCGACUAGAUUUGCUUGCGACGGAAGGUUACUUAAAUACAAAAUUGGAUACUCUUAUAUUGAGGUUUCAGGUACGACCACCGACAUUUUACCAACGCUGUAGAGACCAGCAGUGGUACAUCAGCCAAUUGACGACGGUCCAAAAUCAAUACGCCACGCAAAUCAAUGAAUUGAAAGAAAGAUUAGCGCUAGAAAUUUCCCGUAACGCCGUGGCAGCCACCAGAGCAAGCGGAUCGACUGCAAAUGCAUCACCUUUGUCUAAGCAACAAGUUUCGGAUGAUGUGACAUCCAGUUCAAACACUACGCGGACCAUUGAUACAUAUGCCACUUCAAGUGGAACGUCAACGAGAUCGACACCUACUAUGCUCCCUGGUAAUAGUAUCAAUAGCAGCGACCAUUUGAUAUCGAUGUACGAUUUGGGCGAGAUAUCGAAUAUACGUUCUCUCGGUUCCACGACGACGUUGCCCUCAAAGACAUCAUUGAAGUCACAUCGUGCCAACAAUCUGAAUAUCGUCGAGGUCGAAGGUACUCCGCGUCGCACCAACGACGUAUCACUCGGGGAAUGCCAGGCUGCGGGAAUUCAUCCAGUCCCUUCGUCCCCCUACUCAUCGCCCAGUGUAUUGAAUCAACAACCGUUAACUUUAUUGUCUAACAACAAUGGCGGCAACAACAGUGAUCCUCUUUUAUGCGCUUCGACGUCGUCGUCGAUGGCAGGUGUGAAACAGUAUCGACUGGUGAAUGACCUGAGUGUCACGGAUGGCGAAGCUUCGCAGCGUUGCGCGAACGACGUGUCGCCGGGCGAGUGCCAGGUUGCUGGCAAUGUUCAUUCGACGCCGUCAUUCUUAUUUUCGCCAGUAAUACAUCUCUCGUCCAGUAGCAGCAGCAGCAGCGACAGUGGUGAGUUGAGCGAACAUGACAUCUAUAUGGACGAUUGCGAGCAUAAUGACACCAAUGUCACGUUGUUAGAUCUAGCGAGUGACGAGAACGACGUGGACGAUGAAACGAUGUCAGGAUUAAUAAGACGCUUUUGUGAUAAGAUAAAUGUAAUUUUAGGAGAAAAUGAUGUGGAAGUUGCAGAAUCUCUAACACCUUGGGCUCAAAACAAGCAACAUAUGAAGCAACAAAACAGAGAUUCUGUCACGGAUACAAACAGACUCAGGGAGAUAAUGUUGCUGAACCUGUUUGAGAUGCAAAACACGACUUCUUCGUGGACUCUCUGCCUCGGACAACAGGCGGAUGAGAACUGUGACUCGAGGAACUCACUCGCAUGUCUACGGCGUCAUAGUUCGAGUCCGUUUGAUUGCAACGACGUAGUGCCUACCACCACUGCGUACUCGCAUAAGCAUCAUGAGCUCGAUACGUGCAACGAGCCAAGCUUUACCGACAGGCACUCCAACUGUGCUUUCCAUUCUAAACGGCGGGUUACCGAAUUGACUCGACUGUUGAACCAACUGCCAAGCGCUUGCCAGUCGAAGCUGGCUGUGUUAACUCCUUCUAACAAUCAAACGACCCGCUCCGAACCGGCAACGCGUUCUAACUCGAUAGACUGCGAAAAAGACUUGCCGAAACUGCCAGUAGUUAAUAAUGCGAACCAUGACGUAGAGUCGCCUAGAUUGUCCGAUUUAAUAGCGCCAAAUGUACUUUUAGAUAGCAACAAAGUCAUGUCGAAGCACUUGCUGUCUCGGCGGCAAUCAUCUCCGUGUUCAUCUGCCAGCUUGAAUUUAAUGAAUGAUGAGAACAGCAAGACAUUCGAAUUGGAUCAGUUGCUCGAAGCUAUUCAAAUAUUGUCAGGAACGCAGAAAGACACUACUUCCACCUGCAAUGUGAAAUUGAGAAAAAAUAUUUCCUCCGACGUGAAGAGUAACGCUUGCACUUCCAAUGGAGGUUCCACUGCACUUUCAUUGACACAGGAAGGCACUUCGUCAUCAUCUGCAAACACGACAGUAACAGCGGACACCGUUCCUAGUCCCAAUAACUAUAGCUGGUCGCCGGCAUUGUAUCAGCAUACGCAUGCGCAGAAAGCUGUCCUAGAUCUGGCAGUACAAGGUUCUUCGAGUGAUAUUCCUAGUAAAAGUAACCUUGAUAAAUCUACAGAAGAAGCUGCCAGUUCGCCGUAAUAAUUUAUAAUUCAAGUAUAUAUUGUAGCAAAUUUGUUCUGUGAUUUCUACUUUGUUUUAAUUAUAAUUGCGAAAGAUUGACGAGAGAGAAGCAUUUUGUGUUCUGUCAAACAAAAUGGUUCUGAAAUAACUGUACGUCUACAUGAAAUGCGUCUGACUUUUGUCAGAGAUGCACGUGUUGUUUUAGAUUCACCGCAUCAUCUCAAACAGUAUGUAUAUACGGAAAAUUAUAAUUAAUCGCUUUACUUUU